UUUUGACCAGACUGCAAGAAUACAGAAGAGACGACUCUUGCCCCCUCCCUCCCUCUGCCUUUAUCAACACCCAACCUCUCCUCAUUUUCUUUUCACCUCCUCUUUUCUUCUCUUUUUUCUCUUUCCUUCUGAGUUUCUUUGUUUCAGCAGCCAAGACAUGGCUGUGGAGCUCAUGAUGUCUUAUAGAAACGAAAAUUUUAUAUCUAAGAUGGAAGAAAGCGUAGUUCAAGAAGCCGCUUCAGGUCUGGAGAGUGUCAACAAACUAAUCAGAUUGCUUUCGCAGAAAAAUCAAGAAAAAGAUCAGCCAUCUUCUUCUUCUCCUCCUUCAUCAAGAUCGUCCAUGGAUAAUAUGGACAUGGAUUGCAAAGCAGUAGCAGACGUCGCCGUUUCCAAAUUUAAAAAAGUGAUUUCUCUUCUUGGUCGAACAAGAACUGGCCAUGCUCGUUUUAGACGAGCUCCUGUUUCAAAUCCUUUAAAUAAUAGUAAUACUAAUAAUUAUAACAAUCAAGUUACCCAAGAAAAUAAUCAAAUCCUUGAAAGUAAGGUUUAUUAUGCUACGCCGAUCCAGCAGAUUCCUCCUCUUCCGCCGCCUCCGCCUCCUCAAUAUUUUUCUUCGGUGGUGAUUCCAAAUGAUAAUAGUAAUAAUAAUGGAGUGAUCAGUGAGAGGAAAGAAUCGUCUACCACCAUUAAUUUUUCUUAUUCUUCGGCUGCUAACUCUUUCCUGUCGUCCUUAACCGGCGACACCACUGACAGUAAGCAGCUAUCUUCUUCAUCGGCGUUCCAGAUCGCCGGUGGGAAGCCUCCUAUCUCUUCUUCUUUGAAGAGGAAGUGCAGCUCUGAAACUUUGGGUUCCGGCAAGUGCGGUUCCUCUUCCGGUCGGUGCCAUUGCUCCAAGAAGAGAAAAUUGAGAUUAAAGAGAGUGGUGAGGGUUCCUGCUAUUAGCUUGAAAUUGGCUGAUAUUCCACCAGAUGAUUAUUCUUGGAGAAAAUAUGGACAAAAACCCAUUAAAGGAUCUCCACAUCCAAGAGGGUAUUACAAGUGCAGUAGUGUGAGGGGUUGUCCAGCACGCAAGCAUGUAGAGAGAGCAUUGGAUGAUCCAACAAUGCUUGUAGUCACAUACGAAGGACAGCACAAUCACAGUCUUUCAAUUGCAGAGACAACCAAUCUCAUCUUAGAAUCUUCAUAACAAGUACAAAACUCUAGAAAAAAAAAAAAAGUUGUGGGUUCUUUUAGUUGUAUUUGAAGGUGGAAAGUAGGUAGGGAAAAUAGUUGUAGUAAUUAAGCUAAUUAAUUAGUAGUUGAAACUUGAAACUUGGAACUCUAAACUUUAUGUUAAUCUCAAAGGAGAUUAAUUAAUUAAUGAGUGAAGUUUGGUUCAAUUUCCUUUAAUUAA